AUGGCGAACCUUCCGAACAAGAUCAUCGUCAACAUACUCUGUCGAUUCUCCGUCACCACUCUCUGUCGAUUCAAGUGCGUUUCGAAGCCGUGGCUCUCUCUCAUCUCCGGCCCUUUUUUCAUCAAAACCCAACUCAAUCGCAACACAAAGAACAAUCACCAUCACGAUCGACUCAUCAUUCUUUUGAGUUCUUCCAAUUUCCACACCGUCAAUUUCAAAACUUUCCAAUUUCAAGACAAUUUCGAGGCUUUCCACCUUAAAUUCCCUUCCAAGCAAAACCCAAAUCAUUGUAAGGAGAUUUGGGGUUCCUGCAAUGGUUUAUUAUUAAUGCUCAAUGACUAUUUCUCUUUCUUUUUGGUUAACCCAUCUACUAGACAAUCUAAAAAAUUGCCAAUUUCACCUUUUUCAAUCAACUCUGUUAAUAAAUGUUUGUGUUUAGAUAGUUAUUGGCUUGGUUAUGACUCAUCCAGUGAUGACUACAAAGUUGUGAGUAUUGCUCAUUAUGACUAUGGUUGUGAUUUUGAUGAUAAUAUAGUCAGUGUGUAUAGACUAAGAACUAGUUCAUGGAGAAGAAUUGAGGACUCUCCCUAUAUUCAAUGGGUUGGUAAGCUUGUGAAUGGAUCACUCAAUUGGGUUGGAAUCAACCCUAGUGAUCACUCUUCGGUUAUCACAGCUCUUGAUUUAGCAUAG